AAUUCCCACCGGCAACCAGCAUACAUGCUGUGACGUGUUAUGUAACAAUUUCCUGCUAACUCAGUAUAGCCGGGGGAGCAUUUCAGCAACCUUCUAGGUACUGCGCAUUUUGGUGCCCCAUCCCGACAGCUGCAUCUCAGCACGGGGAGAAUCACAUCUUCAUCCGGCAAGGACAGCUCACCGACAGAGCCCAUCCUGGUUCUCCGCGGAGGCUCUGUUUCUACUUGCAGUACUGCAUCGUCAUCAUCGCCGAGGGCCCGGAGUCACAGGCGUCUCUCUGACGUUUCAGAUGAUAAGGUAACGGAUGAAGCAGCCGGGCUAAACCACUUCCUGAUUAACCCUAGCGACGACAAGAAGAACUGCUGCGUGGCUGCUGGCUGGAGGAGGAGGCAGGGAAGAAAAACUGACACGUGGAUUACUCCUCCUAGGGCAUCAGGAAAAACAGACUGCCCCCCUUCUAGCUCUGUUUCGAAUACGGCGAUCACCUCCUCUCUCUCUGUUAGUCCAGUUUUACAGGGUAUGGAAUUCACCGUCAGGAUCCUAUGAUGUGAUUUCGCGCAUACUUUUACGAGAAGAUUUCCCCUUUUCACCCGAACGCUUACUUUUCUCACUGAUCGACCGGAAAGGGAAGAAAGGGCAGUAUACCCGGAGCGGUUGAGAAGAGGCUGCCGUCCGUCACCUCACGUUGAAUGGCAGUUAUUCAAAAACAUGGCAAGACCUAUAGUCCAGAUUUGGUCUGUCACAAGGACAACCACCCGCCCGCCAAGAUCGUCCCCGGGUGUCAUAAGAAGUGGCCUGAACACAACACCAGCUGGUCAAGGCCUGUGGCAAGGAUAUGGACAGUGGUGCUGCUGCUGGGGACGUGCCUCCUGUACUGCGCCCGUGUGGCGAUGCCCAUCUGUGCCGUCAGCAUGGCAGAGCAGUUCGGCUGGAGCAAGAGGGAGUCCGGCAUGGUACUGGGCAGCUUCUUUUGGGGCUACUGCUUCACUCAGGUGUUCGGAGGCUACGUGAGUGACCGGGUGGGAGGUGAGAAGGUCCUCCUGCUGUCUGCAGCAGCCUGGGGUUCAAUGACAGCUUUCACCCCAAUCCUGGCCCACUUCUGCUCCCAGCCGAUCCUCUCUAUGACACUAGCUCGCUUCCUCAUGGGCCUACUGCAAGGAGUUCAUUACCCCUCUCUUGCAAGUCUGUGCUCACAAAAGGUGGUGGAAAGUGAAAGAGGCUUCCUCAUGAGCACCGUGGGUAGUGGCUCCUAUCUGGGCACUCUGGUAAUUGGGGGGGCAGGCUCCCUCAUGUUGGACCUUUACGGCUGGCAGAGUGUUUUUUAUGUUUCUGGACUCCUUUCAGUCCUGUGGGCCUACUGCAUGUGGAAAUAUCUACUCAAAGGAGAAGGGCCGAUAAUCACCUUGGAGUCCCUGGGCAGCAGUGGAGCCCAGUCCAAACUGACCAAAAGACAUUGGUUACGGCUCUUAAAACAACCAGCUGUCUGUGCUGUAAUAGUGACGCACCUCUGCACGGCGAGCACCUUCUUUACUCUUUUGUCAUGGCUGCCAACAUUCUUUAAAGACACAUUCCCCGAUGCCAAGGGCUGGGUGUUCAAUGUCAUUCCUUGGUUAGUGGCCAUACCGUCAUCCCUCUUUAGUGGCUGUCUCUCUGACCACCUCAUCAGUCAAGGCUUCGAUACAGCAUCAGUGAGGAAGUUGAUGCAGUUUUUCUCCAUGGGUGUGUCCAGUGUGUUUACCCUUCUUCUGUGUGGCACAACUACCUUCCCCUGGGCUGUAGCAUUUGUGUCUGCCACCAUGGGCCUCACCACCUUCAGUCACAGUGGUGUUUCUGUAAAUGUUCAAGAUCUUGCUCCAUCCUGUGCUGGCGCUUUAUUUGGCGUUAUGAAUACAUGCGGUGCUUUCUCAGGGGUCUUAAUGGUGUACUUCUCGGGGUAUCUCAUUGAGGCGACAGGCUCAUGGGCUUCUGUGUUUGCCCUCAUCACCACGGUCAACCUGCUUGGCCUCUGUACCUUCCUGGCAUUCGCUGAGGCACGCCGGGUUGACAUUGACUCUACUAAGUUCCGCCACCACAACAUACACAUCUAAAUCAUCAGUUAUUGGAGGGACCUGAAUAUGACCUCGGGCAACCAGCAGCUGCGAUAUUAUCCAGCGCAUAGAUGGAACUGCACACAACAAUUAUGAAAAGUUUGAUUGGCUCUGUGGUUGUUUGACUGCAACAGCAGCACACAGCAGAGCCUGCACAAUGUUACUGAAAAGUCUUGUCGGGCUUUAACCUUGGAUCCUGGAAAGAAGACAACUGUGUUAAAGGGUGCUGUGCUAGUUAAAGAAGAACGUGGAAGUAGGAAAGACUACACUACCUCCAGGCUCCAUGGAAAAUAGUUUACACUUAACAUGUGUACAAACUGUGUUACUUAGGAACAAGAAAAUCAAACAGAUUGUUAACUGAAAGCCAUAGCCCACUGCUCUGCUGUGUUUGUGCCGAAGGAGCUGUGAGAGUGAUGGAUGUGCUGUGACAGACCGAGGUGGUUUGUUUUUGCCCUGCAGGGAUGGGUUAGGCGGCGUGGAUGACACAGGGAGAGUCCAGCCUCUCAUACCUGAAGUCUUUUAUUAGUACGCCUCACUCAGCCGUCACUGAGAGAUCUGAGUGACACCUCAUUACCCAGCCACUAAUUACUUUAAAGGCGGUUUAAUGUCCUAUACAAUUUACCUUCUGUGGUUCGAAUCACCGAGAGCUUUAUGGCAGCAAGGCUUUGCCUAGGCGCUCUCGCUGAUCGUUGUCUCCAAGGGUUUGUUUUAAGUUGAAAGACCAAAGGUUAUUAAUUAAUUUAAAUAAUUGUAUUUUCAUUAUUUGUAAUUGCAUGGAAUAGAAAUACCUCACCUAACUGCUUUGAGUAAUUUUAUAUUUAUAUGGAUAGAGUUUGAAAGACUUUUUUUUUUUUAAAUUGUGUUAAAUAGACAACAAAUAUAUCUAAAUAAUCACCAGUGUGAUAACAUAAUAAUGUAAAAACAACACAUGCAGACAACACGAUUCUUCAAGAAGAAACCUUUUUAGGUUGCAUUAUUAUCAUCGCACUUAAUACCUUUGUUACUUAGGCACUAGACAGGAAGUGAUAUCAGUAUUUGGGAGGGCAUCCAUUAACUUUUCAUGAUAGAUAGUGCUAGCUGUCACUAAGGCAGUUUGAAAUAGUCUCCAAGUUACACAGUGACGUUAUGAAUGUUAGGGGACAGGCGAGAUAACGAUAAAUUAUCGGAUUCAGUACAAUCGAACUGGAAACCUAUGUAGCAACGUAAAACUAGCUGCAUAACUCCGUCUGAAGGUUUAGGUAAAUGUAAUGUUUAUCUUUGGCGUUCACAGUUUUACAAGUUCUGUUUUCAUGUUAGGUCCAGAUGCUUAUUUGAUACCUUAAAUCUAUGCAUUUAUUGUUUCGUGCCUCAGUUGAGCAACAAGAAAACUGCAAGACAUGCACCUUCGUGGUAACAAAGUGUCAAGUGCUGAUUGCUGUACAUUGCUGAUAGUUGCCUUAUUUGUUGGAUUUUUGUUGCCUCUUUGUCUUUUGUUACUGUUAUUGGCAUACAACUCCACAUUGGCUUAUAUUUUCUAGGAUUUUAUUCCAUGUAUACUUGGAGGUGUAACAUGAAGUGCAUUUCUGAUGUUGGCAUUGUCACUUGUUACAAAAAAGAAUGAAGUCAUUGGAUUUAUUUAAAGCGCAGCUCUCCGUCUUUCAGAGUAAAAAAAAAAAAGAACAUUUCUUUACCUAUUUAUUUUUGUGUUUGGUAGAAAAACAUAAUCCUAAGUAGCUAUAAAUUAUGAUUACCGUUUUAAAAACUCUUAUCUAAAAUCAAGUAUCUUUCCCCAAAUCUCUUAAAAUUCUGUUCCAACACUAUGUUUUUAGUGUGGCCGUACACAGAGUGUGUUUUGCUUGGGUGUAUCGAUAUCCACGUAUUGGUAUUGUUCCGGGAUCAUCAUAAUUAAUGUUCGUUAGGGUGUGAUUUUGGGCUAGGGUUAGUGUUACUGGCUAUAGUUAUGGUUAUGAGCUUGUGAUGACAUCACAACAUAGGUUUUGAUGAUCCAGCAACAACACAAAUGCGGGGACAUCAGAUCAUGCUUGUGUUUGUGUCUUACAUAAGACUACUGUACAAAAUAAUCACUCUUCAAUAGUUUUUUUUUUCUUAUGCUGGAUCUCACAGUUGCUUGCACUGCACUAUUUACAAAUGCCCACAUGCCUCUUUUUUUUAUGUUCACAUCUUGAAAAUGUAAACCUUUUACAUUAUAAAUAGUUUUCGCCAACAUAUCUUACUACAGGUUGCUGAAAGCCUUCUGUCAAAUAGUUUUUGAUAACCUGUAAUGUACACGUUAGAUAAAAUAAAAUGCAGUAUUCUAAUGUGUUUCAGAUAUACUGUAUUUAAAAGCUCUUGAGUUUGAAUAAAAAAAUAUAUAUUUUUGUCAACUAUUUUGAGUUUCUUCAAUAUGUUGCACAGAGAAAAUACUGCGUGUAUUUUCUCUGCAUCUCCACAGAGAGGCAGUGCAGCAUCAGUAAUGAGGCGAGCACACGGCGUGCUUCCCAAUCUCCAGAUACUCCACAGUUCCUGUUAUGUAUAAAGGGGUCCUCCUGUUUAACAGCAUACCCAUGAAGUUUUCAUGAAUGUCGAUUUGCAGCAAAUAUCGCCAGCUUCUGCACGAAAGAGCCUUUUCAUACACAAAGCGUUCAAGCUUUUCAGGAACCAUAAAGGUUUGUCCUGGGAACCUUUUAUUUGGACUCCAUUAUUUAGACCAGUCCAAAGCAGGUUCCACCGCAGGUUCGUCGUGUUCACACUACCGGCCACACUACAGCCCCGGAUCCCGAGUCCAGGCCAGCAGUACUUAUGUGGUGGCACCAUAUGGCAGGAUGCUGUGUGCCAUGUUGGCUAGCUGGCACUACCCACGUGCGAAUGGCCAGACGCUAGUCACUCCCCCUCAUGGGACCGAAUGGCUCGGGUUGCUAUGGAGACGGAUGGCUUGUGGCUUCCGCGUGGCGAUGAAAAGAAAAAAAAAAGGAGGGGUCACAAGUGAGUGAAAGUAACAAGUCAGAUAAAAGUCAGAGGAGCGGAGCGGGUUGGCAGUGAAUUUAGCUUUUUGAUGUACAGUUCAUAUAAAAAAAGAAAACACGUCGGUGUUAAAGAGAUGGCCAGUCACUUAUUGGAGUGCUCUCACUGACACAAAAUGGUGUUGUAAAAGCAGACAUAAUCAUGAUGAGUGGCCCACUAUUUAAUUAGCAGAGAUGAAACACUGAGGGGAGAGUAGAGGAGAGAGGGGGAGAAAUACCCUCCCCACCUCCUCUCUACUUGUUGGCUGGUAGGAGUAACCCAGUAAAUGCAGGGCCCAUCAGAGAGCCAGAGAUACAUGUAAAUGAAAUAGCCCCAUUAAUUAGUAAUUAACAUCAAGUUAAUGACAUUUCACUGUGUCGCCAUCUCAUCCUAUGUCCUUCCUCUGUGGUGGAGGGGUUGUCUCUUGGGUCCCUGAUCUGAAUGCUAAUUAGUGAAAAGCUAAAAUGCUAUAUAGGACUACCUAAUAAUAUAGAGGCCCAGUUUAAGA